AUGGCUGGUAGCACUUCUGUCGAACUGGAAAAGGCCUUGGGUUCUGAGUUGCAAGAUCACUUUGGAUGGCCCCUGCAGUUGAAACAAGCACAUUUGGAGGUGUGGCUCUUUGUCACCGAAGAGCACCUCGUAGGCUUGCUGCUGAUGCGACAGCUGAAAUCUCGGCCGGUCUAUAGCAGCUCAACGGGCCUUCACCCCAACGUGGCUUGGGCCAUGCUGAACGCAGCGGAGGUGUUGCCCGGGGAGGUGCUGCUGGAUCCCAUGUGUGGCACUGGGAUGUUGCUCACCGAAGCGCCCAUGCAUUGCCAUGUGCUGGGAGCGGAUAUCUCUCCGGACAUGAUAUCACGUGCAGCAGCGCAUUUUCGAUCGUUGCAGCACCCGCACUGGUCCUUGCUGCGUGCCGAUGUGAGGCACUUGCCUUUGCCCGAUGCAUCCGUCGAUGUCGUCGUGUGCGACUUGCCUUUCGGGCGCCAAUUUGGUACAGUGGAAGCGAAUCGCCUGUUGUAUCCGCAAGCGCUGAAGGAAAUUCGACGAGUCACCCGAGCCUCUGGGCGAUGCGUUUUGCUGACUUCCCUGGAGAAUCGCGAGACCUUAAUGUCUGCCGUUGGCGAGUCCUGGAGUUCGGUAGAGGAGGUGCAAUGGAAUUUGGCCAACAAGCUCCCGGCCGUGCUGCUCUUCCUCUCGCGCACGGAGGGCGCGGCUCCGCGCGCUCCGCGCCUCGCCGCCUUCGGCGCCGGAGCCGGGCGCUUCGCGCUGCAGCGGAAGCAGCAGAGCCCGCAGCUGGUGCUGUGCCAACAAAAAG